AUGUCGUCACGCCGCUUCUCCAACCCUUUCUUCCGCUUUGGCCUGCCAAUGCUGGGCCUGGUCGUCGCAGGAUCCCUUGGCCUGCGCGAGUUCAUGAGCUUGAGGGUGACCAUGCGCGACGAAAAGGCCCGAUCCAUGACCGACCAAGAGGUGCAGAAGCUGUCGAACAAGCCCAAACAGCAGUUCAACAUUGAAGGCGAACUCAGGCGACUACAAGCGGAGAUGGACAUUGACAAGUGGGAACAGACCCGUGUGCCCCGCCCUGAGUACAAAGUGGUUGAACCCAAGCCACCCUCGUCAUCCUCUUCAUAG